UGCACACUUUGAUUCAGUGCAGCUUCAGCCAUCUUUUUCCUGCUCUGCUUGCUUGUUUCUUGUCACGGUUAUAAAUGAACACAAACUCUGGUCUUUCCCGGUUUAAAAGUGAGGUGCUCUAACAGCUCUGGCCGUCCUCCCUCCAGCCUGAAUGCAGCCUUUUAAAUAACAGGAGGGGGGUUUGUAAUUUGAGAGUAGCACAGAGGUAUUAUUAGAAAAAAAAAAAAAACUCUGAAGCGCGCCACUUGAGACAUCCAGAUGUUGCGUUUGAGGCACCGAGUGUAGUCGUGGUGUUACAACCGUUACCACGCUGAAACUUGAACGUCUCAUACAUUGUUUUUCUUUUUCUGUCCACCACCAACAAGUGAUGGAAGAUUGACAGUAAAAAAAAAAAAAAAAGGAAGGAGAAGUUUGGGCUGUUUUUUCCAUUUCUUUUAUGUCUGGACAAAGAGGAUAUUGAGUGGGGGACGUGAACGCUCCAACAAAGCUUGAACUACCUAACUACGCAGUUUGGACGUUAAAACCUGACUGAAAUGUUUCUUGGAGUUAAAUAGUUGAUAUUUUAGCUGAAUUGACGUUUACUUUCUUGAUAAGUGGAGGACAAGUGUGGUUUAGAAAGCAUCAUGGCUUUUCUUCACUUGCUCCUGUGUGCCGGGAUGUUAUUAUCACUGCCGACGUGUGGAGGUUUUUUCGCAGGACCGUUACAUCCGGAGAUGUCUAACGGGACCUUUCAUCAUUACUUCGUGCCGGACGGCGACUACGAGGACAACGACGACCCGGAGAAAUGUCAGAUGCUUUUUAAAAUGAUGGACGAGAGAAAGUGUGGUCUCGACGAGGACCAGGACGCCGUCAUACGGGAUGAUUUCACCAUCAUCAAGAGGCAGAUAGAGGACUCGGCUCGAGUGCUGGAGGGGAUCGGUAAAAGCAUCUCGUACGACCUGGACGGAGAGGACAGCUACGGGAAAUAUUUGCGCAGGGAGACGGCGCAGAUAGGCGAGGCGUUUACAAACUCGGAGAAAUCUCUGCUGGAGCUGGAGGUGAAAUUCAAACAGAGCCAGGAGAGCGAGCUGAAAGAGGAGCACCGGCUCAGCGACGACUUUCUCAACAUGAUAGUGCACACACGGGACGUCCUGAAGGAGACGCUGGACAUUUCUCUGGGACUGAAGGACAAACACGAGCUCCUGUCUCUGAUCAUCCGCAGCCACGGCACAAGGCUGAGCAGACUGAAGAACGAAUACAUGAAGUUCUGAGGGAAAGUAGUCCCUACACGUCUCAUUACAGUACCGAUUUUAUUAUUAUUUUAAUUCUUAUGGUGGAGGGUGAUCAUGAGGCAGAGGCAAGGGGUGACACAUUAGAGCAAUUAUAUCAGGGAUGAAACCAAAACUUUAAUUAAAAACCCACAAUUAUCUCAUAAUCUCAUAACAUCUCAUCUUUUGUUGUUGUUGUUGUUGCUGAAAAUGAAUAAAAACUCAAAGAUAUGAGAGAUAAAAGUUUGGAAACGUUACAGUCGUGUAGCCAUGAAGAUAGUUUUCAAUUCAGUUUUAUUUAUACAGCGCCAAAUCACAUCACACUUUCCAUAUAGACCGUACAAUUCAUAAUAUUAUUUACAGAAAAAAACUGGACAAUUCCAACCAUGAGCAAGCACUUUGCAGCGGUAGCAAGGAAAAAACUCAAGAUUUGGUUGAAUCUGCCCAGGUUUUGUGAUCUCCGAAUCUGGAUUGACUAAAGGGCGGAGAGGAGGCAACUUUCCCACGACCCCCCAUACCCCCAGGGGCCCCCAAAAGUUUCCAUUCAUUCUCUUUAUUUGACUUGGUUAAUUAAUUGCAAAUAAUGUUGGAAAUUUUGCAGGACUAAAGUACAAUCUGAAGCUCAUGGCCCUGUUUUAUAGAGGGGGCAUGUGUCAGAAUCUCUGACAGGGAUAUAUAAAAACCUGGGCAUAUAAAACCAAUUAUAUCAGGGAUGAAACAAAAACUUUAAUUAGAAACCCGCAAUUAUUCAUUUUUAUUUGACAUUUUUUUCUCAUAACAUCCCAUUUUUUGUUGUUCGUUUUUGUUGUUGCUGAAAAUGAAUGAGAAAUUUGGUUGCUCACAACUCAAGAUACAAGACAUAAAAGUUUGGAAACUUUACAGUCGUGUAGCCAUGAAGAUAGUUUUUAAUUCCAUUUUAUUUGUGCAGCGCCAAAUCAUAAAACGUUAUCACGUCACACUUUCCAUAUAGAGCAGGUCUAGGCCGUACAAUUCGUAAUAUUAUUUACAUAAACUCAACAAUUCCAACCAUGAGCAAGCACUUUGCAGCGGUAGCAAGGAAAAACCUCGAGGUUUGGUUGAAUCUCCCAGGUUUUGUGAUAUCCGAAUCUGGAUUGACGAAAGAGCGGAGAGGAGGCAACUUUCCCACGACCCCCAGACCCCCAGGGGCCCCCAAAAGUUCCCAUUCAUUCUCUUUAGGUGACUUGGUUAAUUAAUUGCAAAUAAUGUUGGAAAUUUGCACCAAGCUCAUGGCCCUGUUUUAUAGAGGGGGCAUGUGUCAGAAUCUGUUUUAAGAGUCAAAAAAAAUAAAUCAAAUGACUUCAUCAUAUUGAUGCAAAAGCUCAUAUAAAAAUCCAAUAUUGCCAUAAAGUCUUCCUGCUCAAUGAUUUGCAAUUCACCUAGAGACAUUAAAGAGAUAGAUACCACGGUAUAAAUCUCUAGACAGCUAUAUAUCUGACUGUCAUAUUGCCCGCUCCAUUGUGAUAGUGAAAUGAAAGGUGGUUACAUCACUAUAUUUAAAGAUAGAAAUACAAAUUACGGUAAUAUUUUCUAAUAAAUAAUGUAUGAGCUUUUAUCCAUCCGCCAGUCAAUAAACCUCAAACUGCCUCUUUUCUUGGUAUAUGGUCAUUUUUGGUUAUUGCAUUGAUAGGUUUGUGUGUGUGUGUGUGUGUGUGUGUGUGUGUGGGGUGUGUGUGUGUUUAAAACACGAGUCAGCAAAUCAGAAAAGUUAGAACAGGAACUAUCAGUUUUCAAAACACAAGUACUGUCGUCACAUGAAGGGUUUCCCAAAAACUCAUUCGCUCCUCUAUGAGCACGAAAAAAAAGGGAGUGAGGAGUGAUUUUAGUAGAUCCACUCGAGGAAGGAUAAAUUCAAAUUUUAAUCUUGUGUGUCAGCGUCCACAUUCACUCGUGAAUGCUGUGCGUUUGCUCUGAUUUGAGUGUUGGGAAAACUCUUCACGUAGCCGUUGACAGGGCUGACCUUGGAUGUUGUAGCCUGGUUGAAAGCAUGAGCGACGCUACUCUUCUCUGACGCUCCAGAUGAAUGUUAUACCAAAGAAUGUUUACAUAUGAACACCUAUCUGUUUUAUUAUUAUUAUUAUUAUUAUUGCUUCAUAGGCUAGCACACUUUGCACACUUUUUCUUCACUGUUGUGGUGCUAAAGGUUGUGACAUGGUUUAAGGCCUUUUUCCGCUGUGCUGUCUUGCACAGGCAGUAUAAUCUUGUAAAAUGUACAGUGUAUUAUUAGAGGUAAGUAAAUACUGUGAGUGCCAAUAUCUUUAUUACAGAACACCUUAAUAUGUAUUCAUUGUUUAUAUAAAGUUUUGAAAUAGAGCAGCAUAUAUGUAUUGUUUACCUUUUUAAUUAAAGAUAUGUGGCGAGGUGUAAUACUUUGACGGAUAAGACUGCAGGCAGCACUCAUGGACUUCAAGUGUCAAGCAUAAAUCUGUGUGAUGACAUUCUUAACAGAUUGUGUUGUGUCUUCUCGAAUAAAGAGUUUGUGUUUGGAAUA